AUGUCCGAAAGUUCCUCAGGAGUGAACACAAGCAGCAGCAGUUUCCCCAAAUUAGACUCAUCUCGUUACUCUGAACUCAGUGAUACACACAACCUUCUCUCAGUGGAACAAAGUCCAGACUCCGGCAUAGCCAGCACUCCACUGCCAUCCAGUCGGUUCAGAUUCACCUCGUGGCAUCACCUGGAGGAAAGCGAUGUUCGUGGAAACCAGCUUUCCUGUCCCAGAGUCAGAGAAGGUCCAUCAGAGGACGAGCGGCCUUUUCAGGCUGAAGAGACGCUCAUCAGGAACAGCAGGAGAAAGAGGAGGGAGGAUGAAGGUCAGAUUUGGGAUGAGAGACUGCAGGAGAACUGGGAGAACUGUAUGGAGCUAAAUCUGUCCUAUCAAGAUCUGGGAGACGAUUAUCAGCUGGAGAACUUUAAGAGGAUCCUGAGAAGGUUGAUCAGAGUGGAGCGUCUGCAGCUGGUGGAUAACACACUGUCCGAUCUCAGCUCAAUCAGACUGCCAAGAUGUAAAAUCCUGAACCUGCACCGGAAUCACUUGACGUCUUUUGCUCAGCUGCCAAAACUCCCAUCCAUCGAGUGCCUGUGUGUAUCUGAGAACAACAUCUACAACCUGACGGAGCUCAGACUGCUCCAACACACCCCCAUACACACCCUCACACUGCGACACAACCCUUGUGAGUUCCUCCAGGACUACCGCUCACGGGUGUUCUCCUAUUUGCCAAAACUUAAAGUCCUGGAUGGCAUCCCAAAGCUGCCAGAAGAUUCAGUGCCUCCACGUUUCCCACAGUCCUCCAGGUUCUGUAUUAUUCAGUGACGUCAGCAGGGUUUGGACUGGAAGUCCAAGCUCAUGGUCACAAAGCUGCACAAGUCAUGAUCACAUCUGACGUACUGUGGAGGAAAUGUGAUUGUUUUCUUUUCUAAAUGGAACUGUUUGUUAAAGCUUUUGUUUUUAUAUGAGGAAUUAAA